GGGAACGCUGAAGUGGCGCGACGGACGCAACCACGUUGGAGAUUUCAAAGAGGGCUUGGAGCAUGGGUUUGGAAUAUGUCUUGUCCCACGCCGAUCUGAAGACCGGUAUGACUGCUAUAAGUGCCACUGGUAUGAAGGCAAGAUGAGAGGCUAUGGAAUCUGUGAGUAUGGGAAUGAUAUGGUCUACAAAGGUUAUUUCAAAGACAACGUGCGUCAAGGGUUUGGGAUUCUGGAGAACCUCUCAGCUGAGCAUCCAUUUAAAUACACAGGACAGUGGGAAAAUGACAAGAAGAAUGGAUACGGAGUCUGGGAAGACAAAGAUAGAGGGGAGAGAUACAUAGGGACAUGGCUCGAUGAUCACAGACAUGGACAAGGCAUUGUAGUAACCCAGUCGGGUGUCUGCUAUCAAAGGACAUUUCAUGCUGAUAAAAUGGUGGGUUCUGGGAUUCUGCUCUUGGAAGAUGACUCUGUCUAUGAAGGGAACUUCACGGAAGAGCUAACAUUUGUUGGAAAGGGAAAGCUGUCCUUUGCCAACGGCUUCAUUCUGGAGGGAACCUUCACUAACAAAUCGGGCCAAGGCCUUCAGACCCAUGGCAUCCUCAACACAUCGAACGAGCAGCUGGAUGAGAGGAUAACCAAAGCUCAGCUGGGCCUCGAUGAGUUCCCAGUGGAGAAGAGGUGGAAGGGAAUCUAUGACCAGUUCCUGGAGUUCAUCCAUUCCGGCUGCAAAGAAGAAACGGAGGAGUCUUUCAUGGGGUUCCACAUACAAACGAGCAAGGAGCUGCGGAAAUCUCAGGAGUACCUCUUCUGCCAAAGGGGGACUGAGGAUGUAUCCUGGAAGACAGAAGAUAUUCUUGAAGAGCUUGUCCAGCACCAGGGGCUGGAGUCACUACAGAAUUAUUUAGAGAAGGCAUUGAAAUCUUCCCUGCACCCACUGGGAAAGCUGCUGAAGGCCUUGACGAUAGCUUUUCAGGCAACAUAUUCUGGGAUUGGGGCCAACAGACACUUGCUGACUAUGGCGCAAGAGGAAGUCAAGUACUAUGCAAAGAAAAUAUGGGAAUUUUACCAGGGUUUGCUCCAUCUGGCACUGGAACAAAAAGGCCAACUGCCUGCAAAGUGUGUGGAUGGAGAGAUAAGUGACCAGAAGGCAUGCAGUGUCAUCCUGCCGCUGAUCUUGCCCUGCUUCUACCCCGAGCUUUUCAUGCUCUACAUGCUCUACCAUGAAAGAGAAGAUGACCUCUACUGCCAAGGGAUCGUGGACCUAAGUCUAUUUCCUGACAUCAAGCUGCUGGAAUUUCUGGAUGUGCAGAAGCACCUCUGGCCUCUGAAAGAUCUCACGCUGACAACCAACCAGAGGCGGUCCCUUAUCAAAGACAAGUGUUUCCUGUCCGCUACAGAGUGUUUGCAGAAGCUGAUCACCACGGUGGAUCCCAGGGAAAAGCUGGUGAUCCUCCAGAAGACGUAUGAGGAGAUAGAGAGCACGGUGUCGCGGGUGGUAGAGAAGGACUACAAGCUCCCCAUGGAUGACCUGUUGCCCCUACUGAUGUAUGUCGUAUCCCGAGCAAAAAUACAGCACCUGGGAGCUGAAAUCCAUCUGAUCAGAGACUUGAUGGACCCCACCAACCAAGGAGGACUCUAUGACUUUCUGUUAACAGCGCUGGAGUCAUGCUAUGAACACAUCCAGAGGAUGAGACUCCACCAAAGAGAGAAUUGCCACGCGACUCACAGCUCCUGAGCCCCAGGACCUGAAGGGAACCUCCUCCCUGCCGCACUUUCUUGACCGAACACUGUUGGAUGAAGAAGCAAUCAUGUCGCUGCUGUUCUGGCUGCCUUUAAAAAGGGAAGAAUGGUUAUUUUUCAGAGGAGUGUUUCUUGCUGGAUUUUCUCUUGGACGAGGUGUGAUCGUAAAGCACCGACAUACGGAUGCUGUGGGCUAAAAGCCUUCAAUACACAACCUCAGCUUGUGUUGG